AUGACGACAAGAGGACCUGACACGAUCCGCAUCCUCAUCACCACGGACAACCAUGUGGGCUACAACGAGCAGGAUCCCAUUCGCGGCGACGAUUCAUGGAAGACGUUUCACGAGAUCAUGGGUCUAGCCAGAACCGAGGAUGUUGACAUGGUACUGCAAGCAGGAGACUUGUUCCACAUCAACAAGCCCAGCAGGAAGUCCAUGUACCAGGUGAUCCGAUCAUUGCGAAUGAAUUGCUACGGAGAACGGCCCUGUGAAUUGGAACUGCUCAGUGACCCCACACUGGCGCUGGAUCAAACCUUCAAUCAUCUCAACUACGAGGAUCCCAACAUCAACGUCUCGGUGCCGGUAUUUGCUAUUUCAGGCAACCACGACGACUCUGGAGGAGACGCAAUGCUGUGCCCCAACGACGUUCUCGCUGCCACGGGACUUAUCAACCAUUUCGGUAGAGUAACUCAGAACGAUCAGAUCACAGUCACUCCUCUGUUGUUUAGAAAAGGCUCUACCAACCUCGCAUUAUACGGACUGGCCAACGUCAGAGACGAACGGCUAUUUCGAACCUUUGCAUCUGGAAAUGUCGAAUUUCUGCGCCCUCAAGAUGACCAGGCGUGGUUCUCUUUGCUGGCUGUUCACCAGAACAGGGCCUCACAUACAGAGACAUCUUAUUUGCCAGGAAACUUCUUGCCCCAGUUUCUCAACAUGAUAAUUUGGGGUCAUGAGCAUGAAUGCAUUGAGGUUCCGGAGGAGAACCCGGAAAAAGGCUUCCACGUCUUGCAGGCAGGGUCGUCUGUGGCAACCUCUCUUUGUGAAGGAGAAGCAAAGCCCAAAUACGCAUUUAUCCUAUGCAUCACUGGAACCACAUACGAGCUUGAGAAGAUCCGUCUCAAGACAGUGAGGCCCUUCGUGAUGAAAGAGGUGGCCUUGAGUAACUCUGGAAUCGCACCAGGGAGAGAGGCAUGGAUUGAAAUCUCCAAAUACCUUAGCAUGGAAAUUGAUGGGAUGAUUGAGAAGGCCAAUUCCGAAUGGUUGGCUGAACAUGGACUUGCUGAAGAAGAUGUUGGGGCUGGAGCUGGAGUCACCCCACCGCUACCCUUAAUUCGCCUGCGUGUCGAGUACUCUGGAGGAUACGAAGUCGAGAACCCGCGACGAUUCUCCAACAGAUAUGUGGGCAGGGUAGCCAACAUCAAUGAUGUGGUUCAGUUCUACAAGAAGAAAGCUCGAGAUACGACAGGCUCUGCUGCUACACAGCAGGACUUGAGAAAGGCUGUAUCGCGUACAGCUGAUCGUCAGGUUCUGGAUAAUCUGAAGGUCCAAACCCUGGUAGAAGAGAUUCUGGGCAAGGAAGCACUAUGUUUGCUUCCAGAGAACGGACUGGGCGAAGCAGUGGCUUCUUUCGUCGACAAGAACGACAAGAACGCCGUCAAGGCUUUCGUCGACGGAUCUCUCAAGUUCCAGGUGGCAGAACUACUCAAAAUCAAUGACUUGGACGAAGAAAGUCUCUUGACGCAUAUGGGUUCUGCCAAGACAAAAGGUAGAGAGGCUGUUCGAGCUGGCUCUCUUGUGUCUGUCAGAGAAGAUACACCUGAUAAACGCGCCCACAGCACCCUAUCAUCAGACGGCGAGUUCGAAACUGCACCUACUACCACAGCCACAAGAGGCCGGGGACGGGGACGAGGUAGUGCUACAAGAGGCACUACAAGAGGGCGAGGACGAGGAGCUCGUGGAGGAGCUCACAGCACAAGAGCUAGUGCCCGUAAACCGGCUAUUAGCAAGGCCACAAUCAUCGAUUCCGACAACGAAGUUUCUGACUCUCAAUCAGAUCACGCUGUUCCAGAUGAUGAUAGUGACAUCAGCCUAGUGUUGGACAGCGACGAGGAGGAAGAGGUCAUGCCCGUCAAGCGUUCAUCCAGAAGAGCAGCCGUACUUGAAGAUCAAUCGCCUAAGACCACGACGAGAUCUACUAGAUCAGCUUCAAAGGUGGCACCUAAGACAGCAUCCAGACCUGCAUCUAAGGCAACUCCAGCUACAAAGCCUGCAGCCAAACCCACAUCCUCUACUAGUAACCAGACAAUAUCUCUUCUUGACGACGACGACGGUUUCGAUUAG